CUGAUGCUGGAGAAUACUCUAGUGUACGGCCAUCUACCAAGCUGGAGUAACUAACACUAACUUUUUUUUAUGAACGUUGCUCCUUUUUUAUCUUUGGCGCAAUAUCAUUUUCAAUAUUCUCACUGAUAGAAGAACGACGCGAUGACGAGAAGCAAUCCGAGAGUUUAGUAGGAUAGAUUAAUGACUACUCUAUAUAAUAACCUAAUUCGUCUAUUAUCAUUUGCAGGGCAGACGAUUAGCCUUUUUAGCAAAUGUGUCGUCUGGUUCUUUCGACGCACGUAUGAUGACAUCAUGGUACUUUUGUUGAGAUAUUGAAGACAUGUUCCGCUUCCACGUGGCUGGAGAAUGCUGAUACGUAUUAUAAAACAUGCCCAUUAUUUGCUGCGAACUCAGCCGGGCCAUCACAGUGAAUUUGUAUUGCAUGGUGUCACUUCUAUCGAUAAGAUAUAGGGCCUACGAGGUAUAAAUCAUUGUCAAUAGCAUUGUAAUGAAUGUAAUUCUAGGCCUUUUGAAUCAUAGUCCUAUUUCACAUUAUGAUUCAUGGGCCAGAUCAUGUCAUCAAAACUGGAACAUGGCAUACUGGGUCAUGAUUACCAUUUUGCCACAAGAUAAGUCCAACGAGCAUAAUAUUGUCGGCAUUUUCGUGGAGAGUCUUGUUUUUUUCCCUUCGAAGGCUGCAUUUUGGAUGAAUGAGUGGGUCACGUGGGUCCCCUUCAACUUCCCAUCGCCCCCAGCCCAAGGGGGGAUGUCUUCAGCAAUUCCGUAUCGUCCUGCUUGGUGAGGCUGCGGUAGGCAAGACAAGUUUUGUUCUGAGGUUCGUCGAGGGAAAGUUCUUCGAUAGGCUGGAGAGUACCAUUGGUGCUGCGUUCUCCGCCCAGACCGUAUCCGUGGAUGAUCAAGAGAUGAAGUUUGAGAUAUGGGAUACAGCGGGACAGGAACGCUACCACAGCCUCGCACCCAUGUACUACAGAGGCGCACAAGCAGCUGUCAUUGUGUAUGAUAUAACGGAAAAGGAUUCAUUUUUACGUGCCAAGGCUUGGGUGAGCGAGCUUAAAAAACAAGGCAACCCAACGACAGCAACCGUCAUAGCAUUGGCUGGAAACAAGGCGGACUUAGAGAACAGGCGAUCAGUCGCAUUUGAGGAAGCUAGAUCAUAUGCAGAAGAUAAUGGUUUUAUCUUCAGAGAAACAUCUGCGAAAACAGGACAAAAUGUCAGCGACAUAUUCUUACAAAUAGCACGAAAAAUGCCCAAGGGGGUAUCAUCCCAAGAGCAGUCGGAUCGGAGGCGGCGCUUGAAUCCCGAUGGUUCGGAAGACAGAAAAGAGGGUUGCUGCUGACGAGAGGUUUAAAUUGUGUGUUAACUCUUGAUACGGUCCUGCAUUCACAUCUUGUACAGCUCCUUUGAAUACGGUUUUCAUACUGUAGAUAUUUCACUGAGUGGCCUUGUUCUGAAGCAGUUUGAUUCCAACGAGCACGAAUCUAAAUACUCAGUGGUUUAAGCCUUGAAAGGGAUAUGCACAGUUUUUCCGAAAAAUGACCUUCGAGCUGACUUUUCAGAUCAGCCGCUGGACGCAAAAACAAAAUUGCUGUCUUGACUUGGCAGUUCCAGUCAGUUAGAUGUAAAUAUUUUGUAAAUAAACUAUUUCUU